AGUAGUAACGUUGUGAGCAAACUUGUGCCGUCGCUACUGAAACCGAAACUGGAGAGUGUUUUCUCCUGUUAGCUUGAUGCUGGUGCCGGACGGCUGCCAUUCUGGACCCAGACUGAGCCGAACUACUUCCUGUGAUGCCCCAGGGCGGGCCGAGCUGCCCGGUUUUGUGAUGCCGUACGUGGACCGACAGAAUCGCAUCUGCGGCUUCCUGGAUAUCGAGGAAAAUGAGAACAGCGGCAAGUUUCUGCGUCGGUACUUCAUCCUGGACACGGAGCAGGGAAACCUGCUGUGGUUCAUGGACAACCCUCAGAACCUGCCUAAAGGAGCAGAGAGUGUGGGCUUCCUCAAACUCACCUACAUCUCCAAGGUCAGUGAUGCCACCAAACUCCGACCGAAAGCAGAGUUCUGCUUUGUUAUAAAUGCAGGAAUGAGGAAGAUCUAUCUGCAGGCCAAUGACCAGCAGGAUUUGGUGGAUUGGAUCAGUGUUCUGAACAACGCCACCAAGAUUACUGUGCCAAAACCUGGAGAGGGUCAUAACACCUACGUAGAGACUCCUCAGGAUGUUCCUGGUGCCAUAAAACAAGUCUCUUACAAAACCGAGAUCAUAGGUGGGGUUCCCAUCAUUACAGCCACACAGGAGCAGCCUGAAGGGCAGGAUGCAUUGGAUCGAGGGAAGCGGGCUCAGGGCAACUUCCUGUCUAGAGGAGCAACAGAUCAGAGUUUUAUAAAGGCUGGAUACUGUGUUAAACAAGGAGCUUUGAUGAAAACCUGGAAGAGGAGGUACUUUGUCCUGGAUGAAAAUGCUUUCAGCUACUUCAAAUAUGACCAGGAUCGCGAGGCGCUGAGGGUGAUCUCGCUGAAGGAGAUCCAGAAGGUCCAGGAGUGCAAACAGAGGUCAGAGAUUCUGUUGGAGCUGCUGGUGAGCCUUUUUCUGACAGGGUCAACUAAACACUGUUGGGUUCUGUCCUACAGCGAGCUGAUGAUGAGAGACAACCUGUUUGAGAUGGUCACCACCUCCAGAACCUUCUACAUACAGGCGGACAGUCCAGAGGACAUGCACAGCUGGAUCAAGGCCAUCUCCGGAGCGAUAGUGGCUCAGCGUGGUCCCGGACGCUCGGCCAACACGAUCCGUCAGACCCGACGGCUGUCCAGCCCCUGUAUGCAGAGGUAUACUCCGUUCUGCAGCACGAGCACAGUGACCCCCCCACUCCCUCCUCAGCUCCCCUUUCCACCUUCUACUACGACUUGGAACUACAGCACCCAGAAUCCUCAGCGGGUGCUCAGCCUGACACUGGACACUCACCACCAGGACAACUUUCUGGGCCUUCUUCCGUGGAGGCUCAGCAGUGUUCAGCCCGUGAUUAUGCCAUUUCCGUCGGCACGUUCCCGCCUGUCGCUGCAGGAGACGCUUCGGCCCUCCAAGUGACGGAGGAUCGGAGACGCUGCAGCAGUGGUGAGGACCAGCAGCAGCAUUCUGAAAUGGUUAUUACCUUUAUGUGAGGACGAACAUGGUGGUGGUUAAUAAAAAAGCAUCCAGACAGCUCAGCUGGUCCGUGGGCUCGGCUUCCUGGGACCUCUGCUCUCUGUCUUCCUGAGUUUUUGUACCGGUGUGUGAAUUCAUGAGAGAAAAUGUUCUGACGUGUUUCAGCCAGAGCUCGGUGAUGAGAAGAUGUUGGAUUCAUGUUUGAAACAACCAAAGUUUUGCAGCUCAGAUGUUGUCGUGAUCUGAAGUUAGAAAUGAAAUCUUUUCUAAAGACAAUCCUGCUUCUGUGUGUUCACAUUUUAAUCCUCAUCUUCCACGACUUAACAGAACGCUUCCACGUUUACCAGAGAACAUUCAGAACAUUCAGCCGAUUUAUUAAACGUCUGAAAUGUCUUUUUAGUGUCACUAACACAACUUGAAUGGUUUUAAAUCACAUUAACUCUCCCACUGUCUUUAUGGGUGUGACCCCGCCAGGAAAGUUGACCAUUGAGCAGGACUGAUGGUUUAUCCCUUGGGUCCAUGUGGCAGGGGUGAGGAGUGAGCACCAACCUCACCCCUGCCAUGUGGACCUCAAGGGAUAAACCAUCAACCCUGCUCAAUGGUCAACUUUCCUGGCGGGGUCACACCCAUUAGGACAGUGGGAGGGUCAAAGCUGCAGUCUUUGGAUUCACUUCUCAAGACUAAAAAGUUCCUUCAUCUGGGAUGUGUUUGUGUUUCUGGAGUUUUAGGAAAAUAACUGAAGCUAAAUAUGGAAAUGCAGAUCAGGGAGAACCUAAUCGGACAAAAGCAUUUGGCAUUACGAGCUUCUACUGAAAGGUUCUGGGUCUUUUAACAAUCUCACAUCUCCAGGGACCAUGCUGUGGGAUAAAACAGUUCGGUGAAAAGGAACUGAAUCCCUAAAGAGCCCGACCUGGAUGAAAGCAGCACCAUGUAAACAUUCUCUCAGAUGGAUCGGUUUUAUUUUCUUCCUGCUCUCCUGCCUUUAGCUUCAUGUUUUCUUGUCACGUUAACGUUUCAGCCGUGGGCUCGUGGGAUGUUUUUGGACUCGAGCCACUCUGCAGGUUCUUCCCCCUGCUGGCUCGCUGGUUAUGGGUGUUUUUUAAGUAAUAAUAUGUAUGAUAUGUAACAUGUAUGAUACUGACGUUUUAUAAACACAUGACCUCCCACCCCAGUUGUUCCCUGUGACACAUGAGCUGGGUAAAGUGCCUGCAUCGAUCUUUCUAAGAGGAAAUUAAAGAUGAUCCUUUUUAGUGUGUCUGAUUCUAAAACCAUGUGCUCUAUUUAUUAAAAGGUAUUAAAAAUGA